UCUCAUUUACCCUGUGGGGUUUGAUCUUCAACCUGAGCAAUGAAGCCUUUCCAGGGCCUACAGGGACUCCUCCUGCUUCUUUUCUUUAUGAAGACUUGUGCUGAUGAUUGGUCAGCCAUUCGUCUGCGAUGCACCCAUCACUGGUUCUAUCUCAGGAUCAAGGCUACACUAUUUCCCAAUAUUUUCAUGGAACCUGAUGAAGUGUUUUUAGGAUUUGGCUGCCCUGUGACCACCGUCUGGCCAAAUGAUGUCUAUGACUUUACCUACCGUACUUACUCCUGCGGCAUUGUCAAUAAAGUUCUUCAUGAUGUCACUCUGCUUCAGACUCAACUUACAUACAUCUCAAAAAAUUCUUCUCUACAAGCUAAGAUGAGUUUGUCCUGUGUUCUGCACAGUCGGAGUCCUCUUUUCUGUGAAGCAGAAAGUAGAGGAGAUUUCACUGGUGAUCCUCCUGAAUGGGAAGUAGAUAUGAGGGUCAGAAGAGAUAAGCAAGCUGUUCCAACGGUGCCACCAAACUUUUCAACAUCAAGUGAAGACCAUCAGGUCUCCAAAGAGCCUCAGGCCUCUGGAACAAGCAGGCCUGAGCCUGCUGAGAUAUCUUCAUGAAUCAAAACUCAUCGGUUCUCCAUUUUUCCAGAAUGCAGAUGGUCUGGUGAUUUCUUAUCCCUUUUUUAAAGAGACUAAUUUGCAAUUUUAAGUAAAGUAGAAUGCAUCCUUCUUAUAUUCUCAUUUUUAAAAAGGAACUGUCACUGCUUUUAACUGUACAGAAUCUGAUUGAGGAAUAAAAUUUUCCCAUUAA